GUUACUGCCUAAUGGCAAGUAGUUCGUUCAAUAAGACGAGACACAGGCGCAGACUGGCUGCGAUCUCGUUUCUAUCGAAUAUUUCAUUAGAUGGCACACAUCGGGAUACUAAAUUUGCAACAAUUGGCAUCUGUGGCACAGGUGCAAGCCAUAACGCAACGUCGGCAAGAUUACGUACGGCAACAGGAGCAGCAGCAGGAGUUGGUGCCGGAGGAGUUGGAUGUAAAACAAACGAACGCAAUUAUCUCAGCGAAAGAGACGAAAAUAUUCUAUACAUUUCAAGUGGAUCGGGUGGCAGUUACGGCACAGAAGAAGACGAAAUAUCCGGCAGUGAAAAUAAACGAAGAGUGGUGGCAGGUGGAACUGCAGAAGGCAAAAUUACAAAUGACAGCGAAGGCAGCAUUUACAAUUCUGUGGGAGUGGAACUAUUUGGUCCCCAGUACAAUAAUGGUCCCACAAAUGGCAUUAACAACAACAGUGGUUCAACGGGACAGCAGCAGCAACAAAACUUCUAUGGCAAACCAUUCUAUCAUCAACAACAUUCUCAGCAGCAUCAACAACGCAAUGGCAGCAUCAGCAGCGGCUUGGGAGCCGCUAAGGCCCAAGCCAUACUUGCCGCCACUCUCGAAGAAAAUCACAUGGACACUGGAUCUGGUGUUGGUGGUGGUAGCGGCGGCAGCCUGGUUGGCAGCGAUGAUGCCGGUAGUGCAGAUGGUGAUGGGCAUUUUAGUGAAACUGAAAAUAUGGGUUACAACUUGAUAAAUGCUGUCCAAGUACCAAACGCUAAAAGCGAUGGAGGUCACAAAGCUAUGGAUAAAAUGUCUGCAGCAGCAGCGGCGGCAGCAGCAGCAUCAACUCCUCCUCCCGUCCAGGAGAAACGUAAUGCUAAACGUCCCAAUUCGGGUCGUCAACAGGGCAAUGGCAAUAUUAAAUGUAAUGGUAAAAUUAAUCAACGGCAACACGCUCAAGCUCAACAUCAAUAUUAUCAUGCUGGUGGCGGCGGCAGUGGUGGUUCUGGUGCCGAAAGUGGCAGUGAUUCGGAUAGCGUCAAGAUACCAAUGAAGGUAUCUAGCAUGGGGGCUGGUAUUUUAAUGCCAUUGCGUGAAAGAACCUUUAGCAAUGGCGCUGCAGAUUUACAGCCUGAACGUCGUCAACGUCUCAAUACGGCGCCCGGUAUGCGUGCUAGCAAUUCUGGCAAUUCAACAGCAUCCAUGACCUUUGGCGGCAACAAGAGACCAUAUAAUAAUAUUUUGGGUUCUACAAUAUCGCACAUUACCGAUGAUAGCAGCACGGAAAGUUUAACACCCGGCUCAUUUAGUAAUCGCGGCAGUAUAACCAAAUCGGUGCAAAUCAAUGAUGCUAAAGAUUUGCGUUUAAUGGGUUCGCAGGCCCACAAACAGCAUCAGUACAAAGAUGAGAGAGUAGUUUUAGUAUCGCGUAAGGUACCAUUUUUCAUAUUUUCGGCAUUGCCAUAUUACAAGGGGAAAAAUGGAAGAGCUGAAUUACGCAAGGAGGGCAGACGCCGCAACACCUCGGCCUCCCGGCCAUUGUCGGCCAUCAAUGAUGCCCCAUUUGAUCCAUUCGAUUUGCUGGGCAUUGAAAGAGGUGAAAGUGGUCAGGACAUUUCCUAUGGCCAUCUCUUGAUACCCUCCCGUCAAUUCUCCAAGGAGGGCAAAAAACACGGUGCCGGCAACACCUCAUUGCUGGAAAGUCAAAUGGAAAUUACCGGCACUGCAGCAUUGAAAAAUCACGGCAUUGCUAGGACUAAAUUAAUGACACGACAUGAAGGAAAAUGGUGUUUCACAUAUGACAACAAUAAUCGCAAUAAUACCGCCAGCCCAUCGCCAGAUGUAAAAAUCGAUUUUGAUGAAUCAUUGGAUGGUAGCCGUUGUUCACAACUCCAACAAUAUUCGGCAAAUAUUUUAGAUGAUCCCGAAUUAAUUGCCGGCAAGCAUCGUACCCUAUUAACCUUUACAUCGUACAUGACAUCCGUUAUUGAUUAUGUACGACCAUCGGAUUUGAAAAAGGAGCUCAACGAUAAAUUCCGUGAGAAAUUUCCGCAUAUACAACUGACCCUAAGCAAAUUGAGGAGCAUUAAACGUGAAAUGCGUCGCAUCAAUAAAUUGGAUAGUCGCAUUGACCUGGUAACCAUAUCGCAGGCCUAUGUAUAUUUUGAAAAAUUGAUUUUGGCUAAUUUGAUUAAUAAAUCCAAUCGUAAGCUAUGUGCUGGCGCUUGCCUUUUGCUGAGUGCCAAAAUGAAUGAUGUCAAGGGGGAUUUAUUGAAAAGUUUGAUUGAGAAAACCGAAAACGUUUUCCGUUUAAAUCGCAAAGAAUUAAUUUCUUCCGAAUUUGCCGUCCUAGUUGCAUUGGAAUUUAGCCUCCAUGUACCCAUGCAUGAGAUCUUACCUCAUUAUCAGCGUUUACUCUACGAAUCCUAGAAUUGGCCAAAACGCUUUGCCGAUAAGCGUUUUCUAACGGCCGCCGCAAA